UGCAUGCCGUGGCGCCGCCGUCUCCGCCCCCGCCUCCUCCCCCGACGCCCGUCACCAUGAUCAUCUCCAAGAAGAACCGCCGCGAGAUCUGCAAGUACCUCUUCCAGGAGGGAGUCUUGUACGCCAAGAAGGACUACAACCUGGCCAAGCACCCCCAUGUCUAUGCCUUGAACCUCAAGGUCAUCAAGCUCAUGCAGAGCUUCAAGUCCAAGGAGUACGUCAGGGAGACCUUCUCGUGGCAGCACUACUACUGGUACCUGGCCAACGACGACAUUGAGUUCCUCCGCACCUUCCUCAACCUGUCGUCUGAGAUCGUGCCCAAUCGAUCCUGUGAUAUGCAGACGCAGAGCUGCGUGCAGAUGACGGAGGCGGACAAGGAGCAUAAGAAGAUGCUCGACAACUACUCCCAGCAAGCCGACGACAUCAAGGAGUUCCCGAAAUGCCCGACUCCAGCCCCGUCCUCCCCGACGCCUGGUCAUGGCUGUGCAUGGGCGGACGCGGCUUGUCGCUUCCUCCAAGAACCUUGUCCCUUCGAUCUGAUUCUGAAUGUGUAUCUGCUGUGUAUCUGCUGUUGCCUGGAUUCUGAAUGA